UCGAGCCGAGGCCGCGUGUCGGUGGAAAUUCGGGGUUAUCUACCUGGAUAAGCCAACUCCUACCUCAAUCUGAAUUACGCGUCGGGAAACUCGAGAAAAAUCUGACGAGCUAUGAACGUUAGAAUUCGCUUUGAAAACGCCAGGUUUUCUGCAUCGCCGUUCAGAAUCUGCUUUUUUUUCUUUUUUUUUUUUAACCCCCCCCCCUCCAAGGUCGCAGAACAGUUCCUUUGGGAACCUGAAACUUCAGGCUUGUCUGUAAUCCACAGUGUCCCUUUUACCCUUUCUUGCAAAACUUUCUGCUCCCGUGCUCCGUUGGUUAUGGUGACUGCUGCCUCUGGGCUGCUUCUUAAACGUUGCUCAUUUGGUAAAGCGCGACUUGCAUAUCUGAGCGAUGAUCAAAUAGGUUAUCUUUGGAAACCAUUAUUUGCAUGUGCCAGUUUUCUUUAGAAUCAACCUUUUAUCCUUUUCCUUUUACCAGAGGUAGGAGGGCCCCCCUCCGCCCCCCUGCUUGGGCAAGGGAUAGAGGUAGCUUUUGUCACAGCAGCCUACACAGAAACCUUAAUCUCCCCUGAGAGAAAGCUGGCUCUGUAAGGAAAGUGCAAGAGAGAAGCAAGAGAGAGCACCGGAUCUGAUCUCUACAGACAAGACUGUUUUAUUUAGAGAAAACAGCCAGGCUAGGGUGUAAGCUUAUAAGGAGGAUCCUAAGGAAAACAGACUGGGACCAGGUGCCCUUGAUAAGAAAAUUGUGGCUCUUUGUGUCCUUGUUCAGAAUAGGCUUCUUCAGCCAGGACUGUCUAAGGGAGGACACUCAGAAGGCCUCUGAUCCUUCAAGGCCAUCUAGGCUAAGGGGAGUACAUCAGUCAGGCAAGGGUGCCAAACUUCUUUACUGCUGAAACAAAAAACCAAGAGAUGCCUCAUUCCAUGAACAAAGAACUGAUGCUUGGCAUUAUGGUGGGAACUGCUGGAAUUAGCUUGCUGGUUUUGUGGUACCAUAGAGCCCGAAAACCAAGGGCAGCUUACAGUUUACCAAGAUGUCUUUCUCUUCACAAGACAUUUGAUUCAAUAACUUUGCCAGAUGAAGUGCAUAAUGAUGAGGAAACAGGGAUAAUAUUUCAAAAGAGGCAACUUCAGAUAUUGGAAAAGUUAAAUGAAUUGUUGACAAAUAUGGAAGAACUCAAGGAGGAAAUCAGAUUUCUUAAAGAAACGAUUCCAAAGCUGGAGGAAUAUAUACAAGAUGAACUUGGAGGGAAGGUAAUGGUUCAUAAGAUAAGUCCUCAGCACAGAGCAAGAAAGAGAAAGCUGGCGACAGUUCAAAGUUCAGCAACAAGCAAUAGCUCAGAGGAAGCAGAAAGUGAAGGCGGCUGCUGCAAAGAAGAUCAGAACUUCCAAUCAAAUAAUACUGAACAUCAUGUUACUGAAGACCACACGCAUCAUAAAGGCACAUUCAUUUUGCACCCCAAACAAGAUCGUGCUACUAUAACGUUACGUCCUUCUUCAAUAUAUAAGUCAAAUACAUCUUUUCACUCAUGUCUCUCUGGGAGGAGACAGUCAUUACUGUCAAAAUUUCGAAGCAACAGUACUUUGUCCUGGAGACAGCAAAGCAGAGUUAACUUUGAUUCUCAAGAAGAAUUACCUACCAGUGAUCUAAAGUCUUCCUCAGAUGCCACUAGACUCCGAAGACGCUCUUCCCGUAAACUAAGUGUAGUUUCCUACUACAGAAGUGCCACUUUCUUUGAUUUCCCAUCAAGUAAUCAGGACCUGUUUAGUGUAAAGGAAACUAAGGCCUUUACUGAAAAGUCAAAUCAUAGUGUUACACCAAAGCACAUAAGCUUCUCUCAUCCUGAACCUAACAGUAAAGGCUUUGAAACUUUUGAUGUCAAAGCUGUUUUUCCAAGUCAACAGAACACUAUUGACAAAGCCUCUUAUCAACAAAGCACGUCCUCCUUCUAUUCUCUCCCAAAAGAUAUUUCUUCUUCCAAUCAAGCAAAUACACUUGCCUCUAAUAUUCAAGACAGUCACCAACUAAAUAGAGCUUCAAAAGAUUCCCUUCAUCAUCACAGAUUGUUUUCAUCUUACAGAAAGGCCAGUAGCUUUACGACAGCUCAUCCUGAACUUAUCCCAGACUUCUAUGGAGAGGAAAACAUUGGUGCUUCACCUCAAGAUGAAGGCAAUAAAUCAUCUGCUACUGGGGUUGCUGAGAUAAGGUAUAUCACAGCUAAUACUGACACCGAAGAACAGAGUUUUCCAGUGUCUCAGGCACUUAACACACAUAUCGAAGAAUUAAAGCUGGACGUCCUCCUUCAGAAGGUAGAUCAGUUACGUUUAAGUCAUCAGUCUGGCAAAAUGCGGAGUUUUGAACUACUUUGUGACCACAAAGAAAAGUUUAAAGAUGAAAUAGAGUUUAUGUGGCGUCUUGUUCGAGCUUAUGGAGACAUGUGUGAGGAAUCUACAGACACACAAGAAAAGAAGCACUACGCUAAUAUUGGGAAAACCUUAGGAGAAAGAGCUGUUAGUAGAGCACCUCAGAAUGGAUACUGCCACCUGUGGUAUGCAGUUCUGUGUGGCCAGGUCUCUGAGUUUGAGGGCUUACAAAAUAAAAUCAACUAUGGACAUUGCUUCAAGGAUCAUCUAGAUAUAGCCAUCCAACUUUUACCGGAAGAACCCUUUUUGUAUUACCUCAAAGGAAGAUACUGUUAUACUGUCUCAAAACUCAGCUGGAUUGAGAAGAAAAUGGCCGCUACUCUAUUUGGAAAAAUACCAUCUGCAACUGUUCAUGAAGCUUUGUACCAUUUCCUUAAGGCUGAAGAACUAAAACCUGGUUAUUCUAUAUCCAACUACAUGUACUUGGCCAAGUGUCACAUAGAUCUUGAGAAAACUCAGGAUGCUUGGAAAUUCUGUAACUCAGCAUUACUACUUCCUGUUAUUACCAAAGAGGACAAAGAUGCACAAAAAGAGGUGAAAAAAAUAAUCACUUCCUUGAAGAGGAGGCCUGACUUUGGAUACAGCAAAGGAGAGUGUUCCUAAGAUGUGAACUGCUCCUGGCGGACCACUAAGGCCAGGCUAACAGGACACCUUCCACUCACUGACAAAGUACUCGAGCUGCUGACCUCUUGGGAGAUUUCACGGACAACCCCGGAAAACGGGAGUUCAGAUCCAGAACUUUGAAUGUCUUCAAAAGAUAAAAAUCCAAACUGUAUGUUACAAAUUCUCAAAAGAAAAUUAAAGAAGUAACCGAGUGUUACACUACAGUUUUAACAAUUAUGAUAGACCUUAUUAUUGCAUUGUUAGCUUGCCUUCUUACUACAUUAAAAAAAAAAUGGCUUUCAUUGUAAUUUGAACAACCAUGUCACUUGUCAGUGUCCAAAAGUUGUAAAAAUGUUUUUUUAUUUGAUAUUUUCAUACUUUUGAUUUAUGAAGAGCAAUGGUAUAAGCUGAAAGGGACCAUAAAUACAAUCUUCACCAAAUUUCUCAUUUUGCCUUUAAAUAGUGUAAGCUCUGGUGUGUGAGGAACAUGAUUGGGGGCAAAGAUUUGUACUGGUCAAGCCUGAACCUGGCUCCAGGCCUUGGCACCUCCUGUCUUCUGAGAUUCGCCUUGAGCCUAGACUUUUACAUUCUGUUGAUUGGAGUUAAUACGUCUGGCAUAGAGUGGGGCAUAGAAUAGUGAUUAAGUAUUCUCCCUCUAUCACGUCACUUCAUCCUCACACACUCACAGGAACUCUGGAGAAGGAACAUUUGACUUGACCUCAUGUGCAGAUCGGGAAGCUAAAAGCUGAGGUGUUAAAUGGUAUUCUUAGCCCAGCGUAAAAAAAGACUGAGAACUGGGAGAUGGCUCCAGAGUCCAUGCUGUGGUCUGGGCCACUGUGCAAUACCAGUGGCAAGUGGGGGAGAUGGAGGCAGCAGGGAUAAAAGACAAAACGUAGCGUGGGGGCGACACCUUUAGUCCUAGCACUUGGGAGGCAGAGGUGGGAGGAGCGUGAGUUUGAGGCCAGCCUGGGGUUAGAGAGUGAGUUCUCCGGGAGCCUGGGCUAGAGUGAGACCCUACCUUGAACCCCUAAAAAGCAGAAGAGCAGUGUAGGAAAGUGAAAAGAGGAAAAGGUUUGAAAAAGUAGAGAGGUAUCCUGAAGAAAUAAAAAAAAAAAAAAAGAGAGAGGGGGGAAGG